AUGCUGCCCGAACCCAACUUAGGAGGCGAGCUUCAUUUUGGCCCGCGCAAAGCAGCCCAGUCAGAAGCAGCGCCCAGUCACCAGCUGGCUCAGGCAGAAGGCACGGCUCAAUCACCAGCCGGCCCACUGGCCGAGUGGAGCGUGGUACUGCACCGACUCAUCGCUAGUAAGGCCGCGCUGCACCGACUCGUCGCUAGUAAGGCCGCGCUGCACCGACUCGUCGCUAGUAAGGCCGCGCUGCACCGACUCGUCGCUAGUAAGGCCGCGCUGCACCGACUCGUCGCUAGUAAGGCCGCGCUGCACCGACUCGUCGCUAGUAAGGCCGCGCUGCACCGACUCGUCGCUAGUAAGGCCGCGCUGCACCGACUCGUCGCUAGUAAGGCCGCGCUGCACCGACUCGUCGCUAGUAAGGCCGCGCUGCACCGACUCGUCGCUAGUAAGGCCGCGCUGCACCGACUCGUCGCUAGUAAGGCCGCGCUGCACCGACUCGUCGCUAGUAAGGCCGCGCUGCACCGACUCGUCGCUAGUAAGGCCGCGCUGCACCGACUCGUCGCUAGUAAGGCCGCGCUGCACCGACUCGUCGCUAGUAAGGCCGCGCUGCACCGACUCGUCGCUAGUAAGGCCGCGCUGCACCGACUCGUCGCUAGUAAGGCCGCGCUGCACCGACUCGUCGCUAGUAAGGCCGCGCUGCACCGACUCGUCGCUAGUAAGGCCGCGCUGCACCGACUCGUCGCUAGUAAGGCCGCGCUGCACCGACUCGUCGCUAGUAAGGCCGCGCUGCACCGACUCGUCGCUAGUAAGGCCGCGCUGCACCGACUCGUCGCUAGUAAGGCCGCGCUGCACCGACUCGUCGCUAGUAAGGCCGCGCUGCACCGACUCGUCGCUAGUAAGGCCGCGCUGCACCGACUCGUCGCUAGUAAGGCCGCGCUGCACCGACUCGUCGCUAGUAAGGCCGCGCUGCACCGACUCGUCGCUAGUAAGGCCGCGCUGCACCGACUCGUCGCUAGUAAGGCCGCGCUGCACCGACUCGUCGCUAGUAAGGCCGCGCUGCACCGACUCGUCGCUAGUAAGGCCGCGCUGCACCGACUCGUCGCUAGUAAGGCCGCGCUGCACCGACUCGUCGCUAGUAAGGCCGCGCUGCACCGACUCGUCGCUAGUAAGGCCGCGCUGCACCGACUCGUCGCUAGUAAGGCCGCGCUGCACCGACUCGUCGCUAGUAAGGCCGCGCUGCACCGACUCGUCGCUAGUAAGGCCGCGCUGCACCGACUCGUCGCUAGUAAGGCCGCGCUGCACCGACUCGUCGCUAGUAAGGCCGCGCUGCACCGACUCGUCGCUAGUAAGGCCGCGCUGCACCGACUCGUCGCUAGUAAGGCCGCGCUGCACCGACUCGUCGCUAGUAAGGCCGCGCUGCACCGACUCGUCGCUAGUAAGGCCGCGCUGCACCGACUCGUCGCUAGUAAGGCCGCGCUGCACCGACUCGUCGCUAGUAAGGCCGCGCUGCACCGACUCGUCGCUAGUAAGGCCGCGCUGCACCGACUCGUCGCUAGUAAGGCCGCGCUGCACCGACUCGUCGCUAGUAAGGCCGCGCUGCACCGACUCGUCGCUAGUAAGGCCGCGCUGCACCGACUCGUCGCUAGUAAGGCCGCGCUGCACCGACUCGUCGCUAGUAAGGCCGCGCUGCACCGACUCGUCGCUAGUAAGGCCGCGCUGCACCGACUCGUCGCUAGUAAGGCCGCGCUGCACCGACUCGUCGCUAGUAAGGCCGCGCUGCACCGACUCGUCGCUAGUAAGGCCGCGCUGCACCGACUCGUCGCUAGUAAGGCCGCGCUGCACCGACUCGUCGCUAGUAAGGCCGCGCUGCACCGACUCGUCGCUAGUAAGGCCGCGCUGCACCGACUCGUCGCUAGUAAGGCCGCGCUGCACCGACUCGUCGCUAGUAAGGCCGCGCUGCACCGACUCGUCGCUAGUAAGGCCGCGCUGCACCGACUCGUCGCUAGUAAGGCCGCGCUGCACCGACUCGUCGCUAGUAAGGCCGCGCUGCACCGACUCGUCGCUAGUAAGGCCGCGCUGCACCGACUCGUCGCUAGUAAGGCCGCGCUGCACCGACUCGUCGCUAGUAAGGCCGCGCUGCACCGACUCGUCGCUAGUAAGGCCGCGCUGCACCGACUCGUCGCUAGUAAGGCCGCGCUGCACCGACUCGUCGCUAGUAAGGCCGCGCUGCACCGACUCGUCGCUAGUAAGGCCGCGCUGCACCGACUCGUCGCUAGUAAGGCCGCGCUGCACCGACUCGUCGCUAGUAAGGCCGCGCUGCACCGACUCAUCGCUAAGGCCGCAAUGCACCGACUCUUCGCUACGGCCGCGCUGCACCGACUCAUUCAAGGCACAAAGUGA